CCCGACCUGACCCGAUAACUAAUCAAUGAAGGUGUGUAUGUCUAAACAAAAUCUGAUUUUGUAGAAAAACAACGGUCCUUGAAGAAAUUCAAAUUCUUGUAAACAGUUCAGGUUUUUCGUUAUUAGAAUGUCAAUUAGAAAUUGAUUGAAAACAGGCGGCCAUUUUGAAUACGUACAUCAAAAUGUCAACGGGGCCGUCGAAGCUCAAAAAGAAGCACUUUCGGGUGAAACACCAGAAAGUUAAAUUGUUUAGGGCCAACGAACCGUUCUUGUCCGUCUUCAUGUGGGGCAUAAAUCAUACGAUUAACGAACUGAUGCAUGUCACCAUUCCGGUGAUGCUGUUUCCAGAUGAUUUUCGAGCCUACUCGAAGAUAAAGAUUGAUAAUCAUCUGUUUAAUAAGGAGAAUAUGUCGUCACAUUUUAAGGUUAAGGAAUACUGCCCCCUCGUGUUUAGGAAUAUCAGGGAAAGGUUUGGGGUGGAUGAUUUGGAUUAUAAAGAAUCUUUAACCAGGUCGCAGCCGUUACCAGAUGACUCGUGUGGCAAGAGCGGUGCAAAAUUUUAUUUAAGCUCGGACAAAUUAUUCGUCAUCAAAACGUUGACUUCUGAAGAGGUGGAGAGGAUGCAUUCGUUUCUCAAACAUUACCAUCCGUAUAUUGUUGAGAGACAUGGCAAAACUUUAUUACCCCAAUAUUUAGGAAUGUACCGCUUAACGGUCGACAAUGUAGAACACUACAUCGUCGUCACUCGAAACGUUUUCUCAAAUCAUUUAAAUAUACAUCGAAAAUUCGAUUUAAAAGGGUCCACGGUUGACAGGGAAGCAUCGGAGAAAGAGAGGGAAAAGGAUCUACCCACACUCAAAGAUAACGAUUUUGUUAAUGAACAAAUGAAAGUUUAUAUAGGGGAGGAAGCGAAACAAAAACUGAUGGAUACUCUUAACGCGGACGUAGAAUUUUUGACCAAGUUGCAUCUAAUGGACUAUAGUUUGCUGCUAGGACUUCAUGAAGUGGAAAGAGGCGAGCAAGAGUUGGCAAGAGAGAGAGAACUGGAAUCGGAAAAUGCAGGUCAGGAUUCUGAGGAAAGUGAAUCUGGUUCGGGGCUCGAAAACCGUAAUUUUGGUUUCAAUACGCCGCCGGAUUCCCCCAAUGCUCUCGCUCAGUUCAUGAGAGAGCAGAGUUUGCAAUAUGAAGGAGGAAUAAUCCCCGAAUUGGACAUCUAUGCCAUACCAAGCUGCGACUCGGCCCCCGUGAAAGAAAUCUAUUUUAUAGCCAUAAUCGACGUUUUGACUCACUAUGGCGUUAAAAAGCAGGCCGCGAAGGCGGCGAAAACGGUGAAAUAUGGCUCAAACGUAGAUGGAAUAAGCACUUGUGAUCCCGAUCAAUACGCUAGGAGGUUUAUAGAUUUCAUGAGUAAAGCAAUCGAAUAAAUUCGAGCAAAGAAGGAAUUUUCAGCUACUUUCUCGUUAUGUUUAUAAUUGUAAAUAUUUAGAUAUGUACAUAAAUAAUAUGAUGGACAUCUUGUGUUGAUAGUCAAUUCUACAGCAGUCAGCACUCGUUGCAAUUUUUUAUUGGGAACCUGCGCGCUACACGAUUUGAUAUCAAUGUUUGAUUAGCAGUAUUAAGGCCCCAAUUUCAAUUAGAUCAGUGUAUGGAUGGAUUCUUCAGAACUUUGGCUUGACUGAUAGAUUUCGCCGAUUUUUAGAUCUGUCUAAGGCUUCUAAUUCAUGGACGUACUUUGUAAUUUUUUUUUAAGACAAUAAUGUCGCAAAAGGUUUUUACACUUUUUAUAUAAGAUUUUUACUACUUUUCAAGACAGGUUUCUUCUUUGCUACCGGUUUUUCGAUGGUAUACGAAAUUUCGGGAUUAGUUUGCCAAACGAGCUUUAAAAAUAUCUAUUGUUAUUUUGUAUUUAAAUUUUAUAUCUAGUCUAUGUUUAUUGCUAUGGAUUAAUACUUUGGAAAAUUUUCUAUUUCCACUAUCAGUAUAUUUAAGGUAACUUGUCUUUAUAUGUAUCAGCUGUGUUUUUCAUAAUAAAUUCUAAGAAAAUA